CGUAAAAUGUUGUGAGCCAAUAUAAUUUUUUUUUGCGAUUUUUUUAUUGUUAUUGUUGCUUUUAUUAUCGCGCAUUGUUGUUGUAGCUGUACUUGUUAUUGUUGCUGUUGAUGGCCUCCCAAUGCACAAGGCUGUGGCUGCGGCUGCUCUCCACACUACUUCUACUAUCACUCCUCGCCAGCCAUCAGUCGCAUGCCCUGGAGUUCAUGGAUGUGGAUGAGUCAGAGUCAUUGGGCCAUGGCGCUGCAGAUGACCCUGAUGAUUCCGCGGAGCUGCCCCCGAUUCUGCAUAACUACUCGAAGGACACCAUCGCCAAUUUCAAUCCACGCAAGGCGGACGCACACUUUCGCACGCUGUGGGAGCGGGUGCCGCAGCAGAAGCAGGAGGUGAUCAAGCGGAAAUAGUCCAUACAACACUCAUGUGGAUAAAUAAGAAAAUAUAUAAGCAAAUUAUAUACAAUCUUAUAUGUUAUAUGUAUGUGUUAUCUAUAUAUUUAAGCAUUGCAAAUUUGUUAUCGUAGAUAAGCUGAGAUCUAAGUCGAGCUAAGCUAAGCAACUCCCUUUGUAAGACCAAUACGUUAUCUCAUCUCUUGGUGUAUUCCACUCAUUUAUUACAUUUGAUCUAUCUCUGGUGACUUACCCAUGCUACACCUUGACAGGGAGUUGGGGAAUCGUAUCAGUUGGAUGCCUACUCAUAGCCUCCAAUUGAAUAGAUUGAAUAUUUCUUUGAGUAGCUCAUCAGCUGCUACCUUAUAUAUGCUCAUCUAUAGAUUACAAUUUGGUAUUAUAAGUGUGCGAACUAAGUUACUGGGGCACCACAUUUUACACUGUA